CACUACUGUUCUCAGAUUUGUUUUGUUGUUUACUGACAUUUCUGUCAACUUGACUGAACCAAAUAAUCACUGCGAUGAUUAGAUGAUACUCCAUAAAUUAGAUAACUUAAGUACAUACAAUGUCCGUAAAUAAUAAUGAACGAAUUAGUGAUAAUGAGUUUGAGACCAGUGGAACUACAAAUACUAUUAGUGAGCUACCUGGUAGACCAUUUAAGAUUACAUUGGAAGUGCCUUUAUUCUUAACAUUAAUGGGCAUAGCUCUUUCAGGAACUGCUAUAAAUAACAUUCUAUUAUAUCGUACUUGCGUACAUACUCUAAACUACAGUAAAGAUGAAUGUAAAGGAUUUUUACUACCAGACAAAACAAAUGAUACUCGCAAGCUGGAGGAGGAGGUUCAGAAAUAUGCAACAUUUAUUUCAAUGGUGAGGACAGUUGUAGAGGCACUAGUGCCUGCUGUCCUUUCCCUAUUUCUAGGUGUAUGGUCUGACACUCACGGCAGGAAACCCUUAGUCGUAUGGCCAUUGUUUGGGUUAACGGUGACAUCAAUGUUGACAGUGGUGUACAGUAUGUUGGAUGACUAUGGCCCGUGGUGGUUCAUACUGGCGGUGCUUCCAUUUUCCUUCUCAGGAGGGUUCACUGUGUUGAUAACUGGAGCAUAUUGCUAUAUCAGUGACAUUAGUACGACAGAUAAGAGAUCUCUUAGAAUGACUAUAAUCGAAGCGUCGUUAUCCGCCGGGAGCAUCGUAGGUUCUAUCCUGAGCUCGUACCUCCUCGGGUACGUGGGGAACGUGUACUUACUGCUCAUCGUCACGGCUCUGUAUGUAGCCGCGUACGCCUUCACGAAUGUCUGCUUGGUUGAAUCUUUGACAGGGGCGAUACAGGGAGGACUCUGCUCAGUUCUAGAUUUUCUUCUAGUCAAAGAAAUGGUGACCGAAUGCUUUAAACGUCGACCAAACAACGGAAGAGCCAAGAUUUUCCUUCUCACACUAGCAAAUACUUUAACAAUUUUUAUACUCUACGGCACGUCUAGCUUAGAUUACCUGUACACAAGAGAGAAGCUACAUUGGGCGAUGAAGGAAUAUACUCUAUUUUCUGCGGCGAAUACACUAAUAGCCUUUUUGGGAUCUAUUUUGGGAAUAUACAUUUUUCAACGCGCACUUGGUUUGGGAGACGUGCCUUUGGCAAUCGUGUCGUUUAUCUCUUCGGUGGCCGAUUGCUUAAUUAAGACAUUUGCAAUAACUUCGUGGCACAUGUAUCUUACAACGGUCUCCUUCCUCAGAGUCAUAUCGGCUCCGCUGAUCCGAUCAUUCUUGUCAAAAAUGUUGCCGCUGGAAGACAUAGCGAAAGUCUUCGCGCUUCUCUGCACUAUGGAAUCUAUAUGCCCGAUCGUAGCGCCCUUGAUGUAUAAUACGCUGUAUAAUUUUACAAUAUACGAUUUCCCGGGCGCUUUUUAUGUAUUGAGCGCAGCCAUUAAUGCAGUGUGCGUGGUCAUGCUAGGGUUCGUCCUGUAUUACGGAAGGGAAGCAACACCAUAUCAACAAUUGCAAGUGUCACUAUAAAAAAUAUCUCGCAAGUACUUUCAGAAACAACAGAACAAACGUUUACAAGGUCUCAACUUAGGUACUACUUAUGCAUAUAAAUGUAUAUGUGUCUUUCUGUAGAGAAGAGUCUUUGCUUAAUUUGUGAUUAAGACGAUGCUGUUGGAAUUUCAGUAGAAGCAUUUGAAGCACAAGGAGCCUUCUAUUACGGAAAACCACAUAUAUUUGUAGUUUACACACUUUACGCCGGACGCGGGAUGUCGGUACCAAUAACUGUGAUAACAUUGUGAGACGUAUUCCAGUGUUUAUAUAAUAAGCUGUAUUUUAUAAUUGCCUCUUGACUGAUGUUUAUUUGAAAUCAUAUACGUAGUUGUUAAAUUCAUAAAUAUCGUUAAAUCGAAAAUAUAUAUGCCUGGAUAGUAAAAGUGUCUUUUGGCACAUAUAGACUAAUAAAUAUGGCAAAUAUGCCUAACGAACGAAGCAAAUAAAGUUUACAACUGUAAAUACUUAGUGUUA